UUGCGACCCCAGAGAGACUGCCCGCAGCUGGCCGGGGACCCGAGAGGGAGCAGAAGACAGAGGAAAGGAGCCCAGCCGCCAAGCGGGCACCCGGCAAGGGCGCACCGCGUUUGUGUGCGCGCGCGUGUGUCUCAUCUCGUCCUUCUCCAGGUGUCGGGUCCAGCGAGCCGCCGGAGAGAAGAAGCGGAGGAGGCAAGAGGUGAACUGAGUUUGAUCCUGCAGUGGCCACAACAGCAACUCCAGAGCAGAGAGACCGCGUCCCGGGACGGACCGCCUUUUAAUUGAUACAAUAGCCCAGCUCGGGUUCUCCACCUCCUCCCCCAACCCCACCCCGCCUCACCCCUCCCGCCCGCCGCCGCCGCUGCCGCCGUCGCUGCUGCUGUCGCCUCCCCAAGCGCCCGCCCGGGGCUCUGUCGCCGGCUGCGUCCCGUCCCGGCCGCGGCCCGCCGGCUCCGCACUCGUGCUUCGGCCGCGCCGCGCCAACCUCGCCGCCUUGCCCGCCGCGGGGUUUCACGGCGGCUCCGGGGCAGCCUAGGGACGCUGGGCUCGGGCCUCACCACUCGCCUCCGCUGGGGAGCAUCCUCCCUCGCCCCCAAAGUUUCUGGGUUCGUUGGAAUUUUGGGUUCAGCAUUUCCCCCUCUCUCCCCCACCUAGGAAUUUGGGGGGAUUACUUUUGACAAAUCGAUUGCACUUUCUCUCCCCUGGCUCUCCUGUCUCUCUCUUUUAAAAGCAGGGUAAGGGGGGAGAAGAGAAAGAGGCAGGCUCUUGCUGGACAAAGUUUUGCAAAGUUUUCCGAGUCCACCAGUUAGAUUCAGGGCUUCAUCUCACCACCCCUAGAGCAGCCCCGAGCCCGCCAAAAAGGAACAAACAAACAAACAAGCAAACAAAGUUACACCUGGAGUCUCCUUGAGUUUCCUCUCUCUCUUCUUCCAGGCAAUUUUCUCCCACCCCUCUCUCUUCUCCCCUCGCAGCCUCCACUCCCCUUCCCUCGGACCCUUCUUCCCCUGCGGCAGCUGGAGGUGCCAGGACCCUCGGCCACAGCCUCCCCUCCCCCGCCGCCACUUGGGUCCGGCCCUCCCCUCCCCCCGCCGCGGCCGGCACAGCCAAUCCCCCGAGCGGCCGCCAACAUGCUCUUUGAGGGCUUGGAGCUGGUGUCGGCGCUGGCCACCCUCGCCGCGUGCCUGGUGUCCGUGACGCUGCUGCUGGCCGUGUCGCAGCAGUUGUGGCAGCUGCGCUGGGCUGCCACCCGCGACAAGAGCUGCAAGCUGCCCAUCCCCAAGGGCUCCAUGGGCUUCCCGCUCAUCGGAGAGACCGGCCACUGGCUGCUGCAGGGUUCCGGCUUCCAGUCUUCGAGGAGGGAGAAGUAUGGCAACGUGUUCAAGACGCACUUGCUGGGGCGCCCGCUGAUCCGCGUGACGGGCGCGGAGAACGUGCGCAAGAUCCUCAUGGGAGAGCACCACCUCGUGAGCACCGAGUGGCCGCGCAGCACGCGCAUGCUGCUGGGCCCUAACACCGUGGCCAACUCCAUCGGCGACAUCCACCGCAACAAGCGCAAGAUCUUUUCCAAGAUCUUCAGCCACGAGGCCCUGGAGAGCUACCUGCCCAAGAUACAGCUGGUGAUCCAGGACACGCUGCGUGCCUGGAGUAGCCACCCCGAGGCCAUCAAUGUGUACCAGGAGGCACAGAAGCUUACCUUCCGGAUGGCCAUCCGGGUGCUGCUUGGCUUCAGCAUCCCCGAGGAGGACCUGGGGCACCUGUUCGAAGUCUACCAGCAGUUCGUGGAGAAUGUCUUCUCCCUACCUGUGGACCUGCCCUUCAGCGGCUACCGGCGGGGCAUUCAGGCUCGGCAGAUCCUGCAGAAGGGGCUGGAGAAGGCAAUCCGGGAGAAGCUGCAGUGUACCCAGGGCAAAGACUACUCGGAUGCCCUGGACAUCCUCAUUGAGAGCAGCAAGGAGCACGGCAAGGAGAUGACCAUGCAGGAGCUGAAGGACGGGACCCUGGAGCUGAUCUUUGCAGCCUACGCCACCACAGCCAGCGCCAGCACUUCGCUCAUCAUGCAGCUGCUGAAGCACCCAGCCGUGCUGGAGAAGCUACGGGAGGAACUGCGAGCCCAGGGCAUCCUGCACAGUGGCGGCUGCCCUUGCGAGGGCACCCUGCGCCUUGACACUCUCAGCGGCCUGCGCUACCUGGACUGCGUCAUCAAGGAAGUCAUGCGCCUCUUCACUCCCAUCUCUGGCGGCUACCGCACCGUGCUGCAGACCUUUGAGCUUGAUGGUUUCCAGAUUCCCAAAGGCUGGAGCGUCAUGUACAGCAUCCGUGACACCCACGACACAGCACCUGUGUUCAAAGACGUGAACGUGUUCGACCCAGACCGCUUCAGCCAGGCCCGCAGCGAGGACAAGGAUGGCCGCUUCCAUUACCUCCCAUUCGGCGGCGGCGUCCGGACCUGCCUGGGCAAGCACCUGGCCAAGCUGUUCCUGAAGGUGCUGGCUGUGGAGCUGGCCAGCACCAGCCGCUUUGAGCUGGCCACGCGGACCUUCCCCCGCAUCACCCUGGUGCCUGUCCUGCACCCCGUGGACGGCCUCAGUGUCAAGUUCUUUGGCUUGGACUCCAACCAGAACAAGAUCUUGCCUGAGACGGAGGCCAUGCUGAGCGCCACGGUCUAACCAUGCCACCUUGCCCACUACCCCGAGCCCAGCCCAGCCUUGCUGUGGGUCUGGAGGGUGGGUAGUAAAGGGAGGUUGAAACCUGUGUGGGGGAGGGGCUGUGGUGGGAGGGCCCGAGUCCCCCUCCUGCCUCCCGCUUCUCUCCAGUGUCUCCCCACUUCCUCCCGGCUCAGCUCCCGGAAGGGCCGGGCCCGCUCUCUGCAUGCCUGUGACAGUGUUCCAUGUUGUCCACUCGCGCUGCCGUGUGUGUUUGUGACCUGCCCUCCCGUCUCCUUUCAGUUGGAG